CACAUAAAUUAAUCUACCUUUCGCAUUACUAACUUCAUCAUACUUCACAUAUAUUUAACACUACCACAACGCGCCUGCGCUAGACACGAGGGUUAUUACGAUUAAUAUAUCUAUUCAAUCCAUCGACUCAAUCGAUUAAUAAAAAAUAGCGAACUAGAGAACGGUUACCGAUUUAAUUAGAAUUCCAAGCAAACGUUGAUGAUUCUUAUUCAUGCCUUUUGCCGAGCACCCGGCAAACACCACAUGGGAUUUGUUGCUUUAUCCAAACUCUCGGGAUUUUUCGACGACGCAAGGGAUGUCGACGAGUUGGAGGCCUCCAAGGUCGAGCACGACAGAGGGCUUCAGAGCUCAACGCAAGUGGCGCGCAAUUGGAAGAUAGAUCGUCGGGAUCGACAGGCACGUCGGGGAAGCGGCUUGGAUCGACGAUGAAGAAUAAGGGGGCUGUAGGCUUCGGCUUCAGCACCAAAUCUCCUUCCAAAAUUAUAAUCGGCUCGAACUUCACAAGGAAAAUGAUGAGACCCUGGUUCAGGCUUUACGACGAUCAGCUGGCAGGCGAUGUACUAUAGCUUUCGUUCCUUAAUCCUCUAUCAGCUGUGACUCCUUUUCCAAUCAUCACAUACACAGGAGAGCAGCUCAAGCACCAUGGCAAAGUGACGGAUCGACGAAGUUGCUGCUCACGGCAUGGCGUCGAAGGACGGCAACGUUGCACCAACUAGCAACAACAGACGAUGUUGUGCCAACGGCAGAGCAGAAAACGACACUGGCAGGGAGCGCGUGCCACGCGCGGCUGGAGAAGCCAAGCGCCAUGGCCAGGGCGAGUUCGAACACCAGCGCAUGCAGCGUCUUCAUCGCGUCCAUCGCGCGCGCGUCACGGACAACAGCGAAAAGCUCGGCCAUGGGAAGGGAGAGGAAGGAGCCGAGCGAGCAGGAAGCCUGCGCGCGUGUGGGGGCUGGGGGGAGAUGGGGCGAGCUGCAGCCCGCGGCCAUGAGAACGGCGAGCGACCGAGCAGAGGAAGGGGCCAAGCUAGAGCACCACGGUCUGCUGUGCAGCCAUGGAGAUGAGGGAGGAUCUCGGCGAACUCGAUGCCGCGCGCCGGCCUGGGAGCAGCAACCGGCCAAGGAAGAAGGGGCUGGGGGGGCCGUGGCGCUCGGAGCUGGGCACACGGCGACCAUUGCUGGGAUGCGCAGAGAGCAGGGGGGCGUCGAGCAAGCUGCAGCAGGGAUCUCGGCAAGACGCGGCCAUGGAGGAGAGAGAGAGAGAGAAAAGCAGGGGGCGCCGCGAGCUGGGAAACAGGGAGGAAGCUGGGGCCAGGGCGCAACGCAGGAGGGGCGAGCCAGGGAGCUCCAGCCGGGCGCGGCAGAGAGGAAUGUAGAGGGAGAAGCGCGGCGUGCUAGGGAAGAAGACGCGAGGGAGAGGGAGGAAUCCAGGGCGCGCGCGCACGGAGCAUGGCUGGGCGCAGAGAGGCGCGCGCUGGAGAUAAGGCCGCUGGCCGUCGCGCGAUGAGAAAAGAUCAGGGAGAACGGCAGCCAGGAGAUAAGCAAGGCACAAGGAAAA